AUGUCUUAGUAUCGUCCAUAAAGAAUCAAUGUAUCUAGAACAACAUAACCACAAGAAGAUAGUUCAUUAUUAGAAAAUGAUUAUCAAUAAGUCAAAAGUCCAUAAUUUGCUAAAGAGUAAAAGUAUGUUAAUAUCGAAAUUUCUAUUUUAUAGUACUCUUCCUAGAAACACAUAUAAAUCACCAGAUUCUAAGGUUAAUCAAUUUGAGGGAACAUCAAAUGAAGAAAUAUAUAAGAAAAAGUAUGAACAAACUUAUUCUAGAAUUAUUGAAUUACAAAGAUAAAAUGAUGAUUUAAGAGAAAAGUACUUAUAAAUAUCCAGUGAAAAUUAAGUGCUUAUCUAAGAAUAGAGAGAUGAAAUUGAAUAAUAUUUAAAUGAAAUUAACAUUUUGAAAGAGUAAUUGAUGUAAAAAGAAAUUGAGUACAAACAAAUUAAUGAUUUAAAUUAAUCCUUAAAACAAGAGAUUAGUGAUUGGGAAGGUAUUAUUAUUAUUUAUUAAACUUAGUGGGUUUUGAUAAAUUAGAAUAAGAUUAUAAUAAUAAACUCAAAAUUGAAGAUGAUUCAUAAAAAAUACUUGCAGAAAUUUAAUUAUUGAAUGAUGAAAAUCAAAAAUUAUAGGAUGAACUAUAAGAAAAAGAUAGAUUAUAUAAUUAAUGCAAAUAAUAAUUAUAAAGCAUGCAUAUAGAUUUAAAUUAAAUGUAAUAGGAUAGUUAAUACAAUCAAGAAUUAUUGAAUUAGAAAGACAGAGAAAUUUAUGAAUUACAAUAAUAAAUAGAAAGAAAUAAAGAACUUUUAAGAAAAUAAUAAGAUUUUUCAAACAAAGUAAAAAAUACUUAAAAUUUAUAGUAAGAUCUUUUGGUUAAAGAAAUCUAAAAAUUGAAUCAGUAAUUGAAACAAUUAUAAAAGGAAAAUUAAGAUUUAAAGAAUGAAAAACAAUUAAUAUAAUAAGAACUUCAGGAAAAUCGAGCCAAUCCUGAAUAUUUGACAAAAAUCAAUCUUUUAGGAUAGGUACAUCAAUUCUAUAAUAUAAGGAAGUUGAGAGAUUAAAUAAUACUUUAGCCCUAAAGAGUCGAGAAAUAAAUGAUUAUAAGUCUUAAAUUAUGAGGAUGUAAAAAGAAAUACAAAAUUUGAGAAUGAAUGAAUUUAAAUUACAAGACAUGAAUAUGAGUUUGGAUAAUUUAAUUAAUUAAUACAAUAAAUUGAAAGAUGAUAAUUAAGUUCUUAAAUAAUAAAUGACUCAAAAAUAAAUUAAAGUUAAUUAAGAAUUAGAUAAGAAAAUUUAAUUGCUUUAAUAAGAGUGUGAGAAACUCUCAUCUUAAUUAAAUACUUGUAAAAAGGAGAAUGAUUAUUUAAAAGAACAAUUAAAUUCAUCAUCUCAAUUAGAAGAUGCUAAUAGAUUAUUAAAAUAAUAAGUAGAUAAAUUAUAAAUGCAAGCUAAAUAACUAGAAAAUGAAAGAUAAAGUUUAAUGCAAGAAUAUCAAUUAUUAUCAAAUAGUUAUAAUAAUUAAAAGUUUAAUUAUUCCUAGCUACUCUAAGAAUAAUAAGAAAAUAAUGAUUCAGUAUUGUAUAUUAAUUAAAAAAAAAUAGGUCUUCCAAUUAAAAAACGAAAUCUAGCGCUUAUAAAAAAUAAUGUAAGACACAGUUGAAAAAAAUCAAAGUAGUAGCAAUCUUUAAGAUAUUAUAAAUUAGUAAAAAAAUGAUUUAGAAGCAGCGAAUAGAUAAAUUCCUGUUUUGAAAUAAACUAUUUAGAAGUUGAAAAAUGAAUUAGAUAUAACAAAAGAAUUUAUAACAUAAAACCAAUUUGAAUAAUAAUAAUAACUACCAUUGAUAUAAUAAGAUUCAAAAUUGCUAGAUAAAUUACAAAAGUAUGAAAUAAGAUUUCCACAAUUAGUGGAGGAAAUAGAGAGACUUAAUAAAAUACUAACAGAGAGAAAUGAAGAAAUCUUAAUUUAUAAAAAGAAUACUUUUUAAUCAGAUUAAGUAUUGGAAAAAGUAAGUGCAUAUGAAGGAGAAAUAGAAAGAUUGAGAUAGACGAUACUUUUAAAAUAAUAAACAAUAGAUUCACUAUAGUAGUAAAAGGAAAAUCCUGGAGUUUAGGAUUUAAUUUUUAAGUUGCAGGAUGAAAAUAGAAGAUUAACAAAUUUAGUGAGUGUUAGAAAUAAUGAAAUUGCAGAACUUAAAUUCAAAUUAUCAGAAUAUGAAUAGAAAUAAAAAUUGUUAAGUGAAUCUAAUUCAGGAAAAUGUGAAUUAUAAAAUAUGAUGUUAAAUUAGGAAAUAGAUUAAUUAAAUUAAAAACUUUUAGAAGCAAAAAAUGAGAUAAGUUUAUUAAAACUAACAAAGAAUGAUAAAUUUAAUGAAGAAAGAGUAAUUUAUUUAUUUAAUACUAUUUUAGGGCAAAAUAUUAACUUAAGAAUUAGAAAAGUAGAUUAGAAUUAAUAAAGAGAAUGAAAAAGAACUAUUGAGUUUAAGAUCAAAAUUUGCUGAAGUUGUGGAUGCUGAAAGAAAAUUGAUUGAUUGUAAAUGCCUAUUAGUCUUAUUGUAUAAUGAAAUAGAAAGAUUGAAUUAGGAAAAAGAAAAAGAUAAUUUGUUAUUUUGA